AUGCAUACAUAGCCAGAUCAAGAACGUCUUAAUACCUAAGCAAAUUAAGCAUAAGAACCUAUAUAAAACAAGGCUCCUUUUUUGGAUUUAGAGUCUUCUGGUGAUUCUUUGGAAGAUGGAAGAGUGACUAAUCUAUAUUUUCAACUGUAUUUAUUAUGAUGUCUAAGAAUUUUAGAUAUAGAAUGAUGGACUUGAGUUUUUUUGUAUUUAAUUUAAUUGGGACUGGAUUGACAGUAAUUACAUUAGAAUUAAUCCAUUAUGAUGAAUUACCAGAAGCACGAAGAGUGAUUUUGUGGGUGAUCUUCAUAUCAAAUUUAAUUUUAAUGGGAUUAGCUGUAGUUCGUAAUUAAGUUAAACUGAAAUGGAGAGAAAGUAAAGGAGAUGUGUUUAGUGGAUUUACAAAAGAGCAUGUAGAAUUGUUAAUGGAAAUAAUAAUUAUUGCUGCAUCUCCUUUACCUUUCUUAGAUGAUAUUAAUUUUUAUUUUUCAAAUGAUUUUGUCGAUGGUGAUGUAAGAUAUUAAUAAUUAUAAACAGGUUUAUUAUUAUGCAAAUGAACUCUUAUGUUUAACUUUAGCAUUUCGAAUAAUUUUUUUCAUUCGCACUACAUUAUUGAAUUCAUACUGGCAUUCCAAUAGAACUGAUCGUGUAUGUAGUUUAUAUGCCAGUUAAGCUGAUUAUAUGUUUACCAUUAAAUCAUUAAUGAGGUAAUUAUAAAUACAUUAAUAGAAAUUAGCCAUUCACUGUUAAUUAUAGUGCUAUGAUUUUACUUAUUUUUGUUUUUGGAUAUUGUUUAAGAAUAUGUGAAAGUCCUCUCAAUAGAAUUGAUUCGAGUAGUAAUGAUUUUAGUAGUUAUGCUAAUUCUAUGUGGUGUGUAAUAGUUACAAGCACUACUGUAUUUUACAUUUUCUAUUUUAGUUAGGAUAUGGUGAUUAUUACACUAGAACAUUAUUAGGACGUAUAGUAAUGAGUGUAGUUUGUAUUUUGGGUAAUUUUGUUGUCUCAUCUAUGAUUGUAAUCAUUACUAAUGAAUCAUAUUUAACAACUUUAGAAAAUAAAGUUGUGAUUUUGAUAGAUCGUUUAAGUUUAAAAAAAUAAAUGUAAUAAGAAGCAGCUAUGAUUAUUACCAUUUUUGGACGUCUGUAUUAUGCAAAAAAGUAUUCUAUUAUUAUUCAUUAUUCAGACAUCUUGAUCUAAAUGAAGAAGAAUUUAUAAAUAUGAGCAAAAAAAUGAAAAAAUAUGCAAUUUAAUUAAAAUUAACAACUCGUAAAUAUGUUGCAGCCAAAGCUUUAGGAAGUUAAUUAGAAGAAAUCAAUAGUGGAUUUAAUUCUCUUAAAGAAAAUCUUAAAUAAACAUUCUAGUUGUAGGAAGAAUUAAUUAAAGCUAAUGAAAAUCUUAUUUAUAAGAUAGAUAAUAAAUGA